AAAGUGUCAAACAAAAGAAAGGCGGGAAAAAGCUAAUAACCGCUCGCUUGCUGUCACCGUGAAAAACAACACAACGAUUUUGUUUGUUAACAUAAUUAAGUGGUGAUUACAAAUCACGAAAACAAAGAUUCUACUGUCCAUAAUAGGGGCACCCAUUAAACGUCCGUGCAGUGCAAUUAAAAACGCGUAAUAAUGAGUCUCCAAGAGGACGUGUUAAAGAAUGGAAGAAAGUCCCUCAAGACGCUGCAGCGCGUCGCUGACGAUCAAGAAAACUUGGUGGGUAGACCUUCAAAGAGUUUGAAACAUCAACUCAGCCAGGAGUCUGUCGUAGAAGUAGAAAUAAAGAAGAAGCUAUCAACAUCUACCAAGGAGACUCAAGCAGACCUGCACAAUAAAAUUUCUGUGGAUGACCUUAUCAACCCAGAAGGAGCUUCGGAUACAUAUUGGAAGAUAUUAGCUGACAAACGCCAGGUUGCACUGCAAGAAGCUUUGGAUGAAAACGAGAGACUGCGCAAGAUCAUUGAAGACUUGAAAGAGGAGAACACUCAAAUCAAACAGAUGCUCGACGAAGCCAACAGCUUUGUUGAAGUUAUCAAGGAGGAGCUGGCAAAUACCAAUGACGACACAGGUAUUGACGUGAAUGACGUCAGCACAGCCGAUGAAACCAUUAACAAUGAGGAGGACACACCUACAGCCAUAUCCCAACCUUCCCCUCGUAAAGCUUCAAACAAGCUCAACAGGACUUAGGUCAAAUAACUGUUAAACCAAACCAAAUUGUCAAGGUAUUCUUUCAUACAUCAUUUAGGAUGUCUUCACAGUCUGAUUAACAUAAAAUCAAUUGUAGUAGCAUACUUUAUGAACUACGAAUCUAAUGGUGGUGAUAUAUUCUAUCAUCUACAUAGUUUCUCUUUUUUUAAUAUAUAACUUGCUUUUUCUUUAUGUAAUAAUUAUAGUCUGUUAUUCUUUAGUAAAAUUGUUAAGAUGUUCUAAUAGAUAAGGAAAAAUCUGAAUAACUUCAGAUAAAUAAUUAUAAGAGUGCACAAUUA